GGGGGGAGGGGGGAGUAUUACCGGGUGCGCGUGCGCUCAGCGCGUUUUUACCGCAGUAUCUCAGGAUUAGUGCGCGCGCUGCGGCACUCCGUUCGGUUCUCAAACGGGAAGAGCGAGAAAAACGAACCGAACCGACCAACGGCAAAGCGACCUCCGUCCUCACCCGUCAUACGUUUGUUCUCACCGCUCUCCCGUUAUAUCGUUAUAAAGGCGGCGUUCUACCGGAGUCAUGGCUAAAGAAGAUGAAAAGAAGGAAUCCGGGGAAUGGAAGGAAUUCUUCUGGAACCCGCGGACGCACGAGCUGCUCGGUAGAACGGCGAGCAGUUGGGGUCUGAUUCUGUUGUUCUAUGUGGUCUUCUACACGUUUCUGGCUGGCAUGUUCUGUCUCACCAUGUAUGUGAUGCUGCUAACACUGGACGACUAUAAGCCCACCUGGCAGGACCGUCUGGCUACACCAGGAAUGAUGAUCAGGCCCAAAGGAGAAGCUCUAGAAAUCAUUUAUAAUGUGGGAGAAACAGAGAGUUGGGACUCAUUCGUUGAGGCUCUGGACAACUUCCUCACGCCAUAUAAUAACUCAAAGCAGGUGGAUAAUAAUGACGCCUGCGUCCCUGACAAGUACUUCAUUCAGGAGGACAGCGGCGAGGUUCGCAACAACCCCAAACGCUCGUGUCAGUUUAACCGCACCAUGCUGGAGGAUUGUUCCGGACUCAGCGACCGCACGUACGGUUACCGUGACGGCAGUCCCUGUGUGCUCAUCAAACUCAACCGGGUGAUUGGAAUGCUGCCCGAGAAGGAGGGACAGUCUCCGUAUGUCACCUGUGGAGCAAAGAAGGAGGACAGUGACAGCAUCGGUGAAAUUGCAUACUUCCCUCCCAAUGGAACCUUCAACCUCAUGUACUAUCCAUACUACGGCAAGAAAGCACAAGUGAAUUAUUCUCAGCCUCUGGUGGCGGUGAAGUUUCUGAACAUCUCCAGGAACACAGACGUCAACGUGGAGUGUAAAAUCAACUCCAACACCAUCACUCAAUUAAGCGAGCGGGACAAGUUUGCUGGACGCGUCUCCUUCAAGCUACGCAUCAACAUGUAGAACAACCAUCAUGUCCACAACUCACACACGCGCGCGCACACACACGCACACACACACACACACACACACAUGAGAGGAGAUCUGUGGAGGUGUCCGUCAUAUCAAAGUGUUCCGUGUUCUGCCGUCCCAAUUUUCCUGUCUACUCAAUGACUUCUGUCUGUGUGUGUGUGUGUGUGUCUGUGUGUGUGUGUGCGCGUGCGUACGUAUGUGUGUGCGUGUUUGUUUAACUGUGUGUUUUGUCAUCAUAUCUCGCUGAAACCAUUCCAAGGUGAAAUCUAAAAGAGCAAAAGGACAAACACCUUCUCUUUGUGAAAAACAAUGAAAUCAGAAGAGAUGUGUGUCCAGAACAUGUCUGGCUCACAUUUCACCCCAACAAACAACAGAUUUCAAUUUUCAUAAAGAAUUUGAGGCCUGUUACAGGAAUAACUUUUUGCAUUGUGACAACAGCAUCUCUCUCAAAUUCUUACACAAAAGAUGAAAAGUAUUUCUACAUUAUGGUAGUAUUUGUUGUACAGUCUUUAAUUAUUUAUUAUUAUUUAUAACUUAUUUAUGCUGAUUAUGCAGAUAUAGAGACGUAAAAAAAGAGAGCAAAAGGAAAUAUCACAAAUCUGAAAGGCGUCACUUGCGCAAGCUUCAUGGGAAAUAUCAUUUCUUUCUGUUGUUUUGGGGUUGAAAUGUUUUCCUGAUAUUCAUUCAUAUAGUGUGUAACGAUGCUUUGUUUGGAAUAUUAUAUAUAACACAUUAUAAAGACAUGGGCAAAAGACAUUCAAACCUGUGACUGAAGUCUACCUGAAUGAAUGAAAACAUGAUCAGAUACUAACCACAGAUUCUAUGAUCAAUAAAUGGAGCCAUAGAAACAAUAUCAACACAAACAAAACGCAUUAACCUGAGAAUCCACAUCAUCUUAUUUAUUCAUUUAUUUAUUUAAUUAAUUUAUUGUGGUUUUAAUUUGUUUUUAUAUGAACAACGUUUAUGAAAGACAUUUUUGUACGCGCGCGCAUACGCGCGCACACACACACACUUAACUGAAAUGAUUGGCUGCUGUUCUGCACAUGCUCAGAUUGCACUCGACCCGUCGGCCAAUGAGCUUCAAGCUGUACCAUAUCACGUUGGCAUUCAUUUCAUAAUUAUUUUGCCAAACGAGUGAAAAUUGAUUCGCUUGAUUUCACUGGAAAAGCUUUAACAUGCGUCUAAAUGUGUACACAGCAAUACCUUCAGUCCACGAGCGUAUGUUAAUACUUGUAAAUAACGAUGAAUAUAGGCUAAUCAAUGACGAGAAAAAAAGACAAUUUGCCAAGCCAAUACUUACUCACACAGAGGAACCAACGAAAGUGUUUCGUUUUUUUUUACUUUCUCUUCGUUUAGAGCAGAAGAGCACACAUCACGGGUUAACACAGCUCACAUACGACAUGAACGUUAGCCACAUGUCUCGCGCUCUCUUUCUCUCCCUCAAUUCAAUUCUCUCUCUCUCCAAACUUGAGUUUGUUUCUUAGCCUUCUGUAGCUUUUUCAUAUCAUGUGAUUUGACAUCUGGAUGUUUUGGAUGGAUGUAACCUGUCACCCGUCAGGUUAGCGUAGAGUCGUGCGUAGCGAGACGGUUAUUAGCGUAGUGCUUAUUAGCCAAUAACUAGCCUGCUAUCUACGAUGUGCGGGCGCGUGUCUGUCUGUGUGUUCCUCACAAUCCCUCCAUAGUGAAUGUGUCGUGUUUCCGUCUUAUUUACUGCCGCGGUGUUGUGCGUCGGAAACGUUGGAGGGUGUGUGUUAGAAAACCCUUACGAAAACAUGGUUUUACUACAGCUAAAACAACAACAAAAAACAUGGUUACUGUAGUAAAACAAUCGUUAUCACAAAAUAACCAUGGUUUUGAAAACCAUGUUUUUUGUAAAAACCAUAGUAAACGAUGGUUACUGUAGUAAAACCAUGGUUUUGCCCUAAGUAAUCAAUGCACCAAAAGACCAUGGUUACUACACUUGUACCACAAAAAAACAUGGUUAAUUUUCGUAAGGGAAGUGUGUGAAAAAAGAGCCGACCACGGCCACAUUUUCAAUUAAUGUCACGAGUCCGUCCGUCACACGUCGACGCAGAGUUUACGGCCUGAUGUUGGAAUGACUUCGAUGUUUACACAGAGCAGUGACUAAUAACUCCAUUAGCCGCGUGCUAAACCGACGCUGCCCUCCGUAUGUUUACUCUUCGUGUUCUGCCUGAACGGAAUAUAGAUUUUAUAUGUUUUUAAGAUACGGUGAAUCUAAUUAUCGCGCAUUCGUUUCCACGUCAGCGAUACACGCGUUUCCUUCACGCACUUUUUACUCGACACCCGUUUUUUUGUCCGAUUUGGACCUGCGCAUCACCAUAGAAACCCAACGUGUGAUGUAAUACGGCACGCUGUAACAUUACGACGUCAUCAGCGAUUCUCUUUCUUAUGGUGACACUUUACGGUUCUGUAAGAGACGGCAACAUUGGUUAGCUCAUCUGUCAUACACUGUAAUAUCGCCUCAUAAUUCAUCUGCUAACGUUACUGUAUGUCGAUAUUCAGAGCCCCUUAUGAUGAAUGUAAAGUGUCACCUGAGUUACUAUAGUACAGCUUCUGCUUUAAUAAUAAUAUCAUUGACCCGUACAGGACAUACUGUACUCUUAUGAACAUUAACCACGCUUUUAUUACAGUACAAGUGUGCUUUACCACAAAUACCACGGUUAAACAUGAUUACGGUAGCAAAAGCACGGUUGAUUUUCAUAAAGGUACACACGCACACACACUGUUCAGCUUUUGUCUUCGUCUGUGUUUCCUCCAAACCGAUAACCCGCCGCUUGGAUUCACGCCGGAUGAAUUUAAUAGCUCAUGAAUUUAAUCUCUGAUUUCUCUCAUCUGUUCAUCAUAGUGACACAGUGUAUUUUUUCUUUCUUUCUGUAAAAACACUGCUCAGAAACUAGAUGUAUCUCAAUAAAUAUCCUGAAUAUACUGUUAUAUAUUGCCUGACAUGAAAAUUGUGAAACUUAUAUCGGAAAAACGAAUUAUUAUCAUUAUAAAUGAAAAACAGUAAAUAAAGACAUUUUGUGUUUAACAAA